GAGAGAGAGAGAGAGAGAGAGAGGGUGUUUAUCAGUUAGGCAGGACUCAUUUUCCACAUCCAUAUUAGGUCAGGCACAGCGGCAAAAGCAGCUUUAACCUUUUCUCCUCCUCCUUCCUCUUAAUUCUUCGAUUCUUUCCUCUCAGUAAAUUAGGGUUUUUCCCACUUCUUUUUCUCCUUUCAAGAAGAGAGGCGUGAAUAUAAAGAGACCGUGCCGUCGGCAAGGCGGCUUCCAUUUCCAGUUAAUUUUCUCGGAGACAUAAUUAGAGGCAUAUAUACAGCAGCAGCAGGAGAAACCCGCUUAAAACGGGCAAGAAAUCAAAAUCCGAAGGUGGGUCGGUGGGGAUUUCAUGCAAAAGGGGCGAAUUCUAGUACACAUCAUAAAGAGAUCUGAAACUUUCCUAAAAACAAGAUGAACUUGUCGGUGACGAGAACGCAAGAAGGGCUUGAAGAGGAAGAAGAAGGAAAUCGCCUGGAAUUUGGAGGGUCAUCGAGCAACAUCGAGAAGGAACACAUGUUCGACAAGGUUGUAACGCCGAGCGACGUCGGGAAACUGAACCGCCUCGUGAUCCCGAAGCAGCACGCCGAGAGAUACUUCCCCUUGGACUCGUCGUCCAACGAGAAAGGCUCGCUUCUCAACUUCGAGGAUCGGACAGGGAAAUCUUGGAGGUUCAGGUAUUCUUACUGGAACAGCAGCCAGAGCUACGUCAUGACAAAGGGUUGGAGCCGCUUUGUCAAGGACAAGAAGCUCGACGCCGGUGACACCGUCUCCUUCCAACGAGGUGUCGGAGAAAUCUGCAGGAACAGGCUGUUCAUCGAUUGGAAAAGACGACCACAGUUCCCUGAUCCCACAUCCAUCCCACACUUCGCCGGAACCAUGUUCCCUAGACCCGUCGUCACCGUCCCCAGAAACUACGGGAAUUUCUUGUAUCAAAAUCGUCACCAUUAUCAAUUUCCGCCAGGUUCGGGAUAUGGGUUUGGCGAUUCCAAGGGGAGAUACUACGUUAGGUCACUCGGGAGAAAUCCGGCGGAGGAGAAUACGGUGGUCCACGGAAGAGCUCAUCCGUUUGUUGCUGCGACGGCGGUGGGGAAGAGGCUGAGGCUGUUUGGAGUGGACAUGGACUGCUGUACGGAUCCGGAGGAAUCUUCGUCUUCUGGUGGGAGUGUGCCACGUGGCGCGUCGGGUACGGCUUUUUCUUCCUCUUCGCUUCAGCUGAGGCUCGCCAGCAGCGAGGAGUCUUCCAUGGUCGAGGCGGCUGAUGAUCACUUCUCCAAGAAAGGGAAGUCUUCCUUGUCUUUCGACUUGCACAUAUAAAAUCAUAGCUAUGAUUGAUCAUAUAUACGUCCAUACAGAGAGACCGGAGGUGGUAUAUGCAUCGUAAAGAUUCCAUUUUCACCAAGAUUUCAGGAAAUAACACUUAAUUUCAGAAAUAUUGUGAGAAGAGGAAUUGGAAUCACUUCAUGAUCAACUCAAUGGAAUCUGGGUCUUUGUUUGGUCCUAUUUGUUCUUCCACAGCUUGAAGUUUACACAAAUUGUGUAUAGCAACCAGGAUAUGCAUUGAGCUUCCCAAUGCUUAAUUAACAAGUUAUUCUCUCGCACACAUUAUGAUGUCUUCUCUUGAAUAAAGAUCAAUGUUUUUCAUGCUAUUUUGCUUCGUAUAAUAGAUUACAAUAGCUAGAUUCAGGGUACAUUUGCAAAAUAAAUUUUUAAAAAAAAUAUGGAAAACUGAAGGAGGGAGGAAGAAACAGGAGUGGAUUUUAUGUACGGAAUGAACCGGGAUCGGGAUCAGUGUAAGCUCAUAUCUCUCUUUCUUUGUAAUGUCUCUCAUUGCGGUCAGACAUUUGCAGAGCUGGGAUUGUCACCUUGUCUUUGAAAAAGUGAAGUUUUACAAAUGUCGUCUAUUGUCAUUAUUGGUCGUCUCUUUUGUUUCACGGUUUCCUUUGCUUUGUUACUAUUUACUGGUUGCUGCUGCUGCUGCUGCUGCUGCCGCUGCCGCUGCUCAUUACUUAUGCAGACAUUGCAAGAGACGAGCAGAAAAAAAAAAACUUUUUUUUUUUAUAUAUUCUCUGAAAAUAGAUGAAGAGAGAGAGCUUUUAUCGGUCCUGCGGUAAAGAUUGGGAAAAUGGUAUCAUCUGUUUUCGAAUUUGCUGAUGCAUUAUUUAUUGAACCAUUACCCAUUUCUGCCAUGUUUUUUUUAUAUAUAAAGAUAUAUUAUUUAGAUAAAAUCUAAUCAUAUGUCUAAAUAAUAUCUCUAUAUAUUUUGUCUAUGCUAUUGCUUUCAUCAGCCUGCCUUCUUGUCUGGUAUCAAUACAACACUACACACAUUCGCUCUCCAUUAAUUUACCAUCUAAAAAUUUUUAUUUGUAUAUGUUAUGAUUACAGAUAUAUGAACAAAAUAUUCAUGUUCUGGUGAUGUGUAUAUAUAUGGACCAUUACAUAUACAUCAUUGGACCAUCAUCUUGACAGAGAUUCUAAAAUAACAAUGUGUAUGCAUGCAACAUACACUUACAUAUAUAUAUGUCUAGAUUAGUAUGUAUGGCAUGUUGUCAUAGUUUUAUCUUAUGCUGAUUUCGGCAUAGUUUUGCAUGUGCUUGUCACUCUCUAUUAGAGAUUCCACGCAAUAGUUUUCCUCUAAUUAAAUUACAUGUUUUGUCUGUCAAAAACUUAAUAGUUACGCAUGUUCAUAAGAAAUUACAAUGACACGACCGAGUUGCAUUGAAAAUUCUCACGGUGAAUGUGUGUGUAUAUGUAUGGCGUAUCUCUACAAAGUUCCCUAACGAGUUCCGAAGCAAACAAAACGUUUUGUCGGAGAAUUGAACUUGGAGGCUUCUUGAACUGUCGGUUCAGAGAUUUUUUAUGUUCAUAUAUAUAUUAUAUGCUUAUUUAUUGAACUGCAGGAUUACAAGAAGUUCAAAUAUUGUUAUCGAAGUUGAGGAAAACUACGCGCAAGAGUCUUGUACGCUUGUGCUCAUAUUAUGGCAUUGGCAGGUCAUUUGAAUAGUUAAAAUUUUGGAAUUUAAUUGGGCCUUGGAGCCCUAGAUGGAGCAGAAGGUUCAGAGAUCAAAUUUUGGGCUGGAUUCAUCGAACGGCCCAAUUACCACUUUCAACAUUUGUACCACCUCAUCAAUGCUAAGUCAUCAUAAAGACCUGAACUUGCAACAUCGGAUGAAUCUUUCGAGAAGCCAAUAUUUGCGCUGAUCAUCUUGCUUCUAUGGGGCACCAACUACCGUUCGGGGUUACUUACUUUGAUCAUCCUCCUCUGUUCUUUUUUCGGUCUUUAGAAGCAGAUAGAAUGGGGGUUACUAUCCUAGAAAUUGUCCUGUUUAGUUUAAGCUAAAAUUUUCCUUGUAUCCAAAAAAAAAGAGGGUUACUUUCUAAA